CUUUUAGAAACACCACAGUGGUAUUUCCGGAACAAUUGUGAAUUAGGAAUUUCUGUGUGCCAAUAUUUACCUUCUUUGCAAUCGCCGAUAAAUUUCCAUGUUUUAUAAUAUUUAUAAGGAUUUAGCUGACGAGGGAUUAAAAUUUUCAGUCAUGGAAAAAUGUGGAACUUGAUGUUAACAGAAAUGGUGAUGGAGUAAAAUGGCCAUGUUUCGGAAUGUGUUUGGAGGUUGUGUAUCUGAUAGGAGUACAGAAGCCAUGCGUCGUCAAAAAUUAAAGUUUGGAGUUCCACUACACAUUGCUUUAAAGAAUGGAUAUAUACCUGUUUCACUUGUUGAACUUUUAGUCUACAUAGCACAUGAGGGAAUGUUUACUGCAGACUUAUUUAGACGUCCUGGAAAUCCCAGUGACACAAGAAGAAUUGUAAAGAGAUUGUCAGAGGGCAAACCUGUUAUUUUCCAGAAUUACAAUUUGUAUACAUUAGCUUCAGUUGUAAAGAAAUUUUUGCUGAGACUACCAGGUGGUAUAUUUGGUCCUGAAGGUGAAGAGACACUUCUACAUGUUUUAGCCAUUGGCCAUAAAAUGGAACAGUAUGAAGCUGUAAACAAGUUCUUAUCAUCAUUGAAUCAAAGCCAUCAGCAUCUGAUUUCACUUUUGUAUGGAAUAUGGUUUACAAUGAUAAACAACUGUGACAUAAACUUUAUGACAGUAGAGGCAUUAUCACGCAGUGUUGCUGGUAGUAUGUUUCAUACCUGUGCGACUAAUCCAGCCAGGGUGGAAAAAGCCAGUAGAAUAAUGCAAUUGCUCAUUGAAAAUUUUGGUGUAGCUGGUAUGUUUGGACAAAAGAACAUAGAAUAUUUUGCAGAAAUUACCAGAACAGAAAUGCAUAUACGUGAAAAAUUUAAGUGUCAGUUUGUUUAUUCUCCUCCAGAGGACCCAUUUGCAACUAUAUCGGAUGAUGGAUUUAAUGAAAUGUCUCAUAUGCAUUCACAAAGAGAGCAUGUACAUGAACAGGAUGAUGAUGUGAAAAUGUCUGACAGUGGAUCACCAGAAAUGGUUCGAUAUAUUGCCCUUGAUGGUAUAAAAUCUAUGGCAAGAUUACAUGCUGUCUCAACUAUUUCUGCACCUGAAGUAUCGCUGGUUCCAUCUCCAGGACUGAUUAACAAGAGGCCAAAAUCAUUGGAAGAUAACCUAAAUGAAACUGCUGAAUUACAGCCAAGGCCUAGCAUAAGUAGAUUUAAUUCCGUUAAACGUAAACAGCUUGAACGUUUAAGACACAGGUCUGACUGGUUUUUAGGACCAAACUCAUCUAGAACUUUAGAACAAUCACAUCCACAACAACAUACUUCAGUGGGAAAUGAACAUAAAGUGCUACAACCAAAAUCAUCAGGGAAUAGUAUAACUAAGGCAUCUUCUGAAGGGGCUGGACUAGAUAUACAUUCGGAUAAUGACAGUGUAUUUUCUGAAUCAAGUCGUAGUGAAUCACCAGCAUCCGAACCAGUUAGAUCACAAGCAGUUAGAAUUAUUCGUGAUAUAAUUCAUAGUGAUACUAUAGAAGAUGUACAAAUGUCAGAGACAAGGGAAAUUAUCAAUGAAGAUAUGGCAGUAGGAGACUCAGAAAUUUGCUAUUUUGUGGUUGAACAUAAGUAUGGUGAUACAACAUAGUCCUAGCAAUGGUUUUUUUCUCAGGACUACAGCUGUCAUUAUUGAUCAUUUGAAUUUUAUAUUUGUAGUAUUUAGUACCUCCCUUUUCAGCUUACAUGGCCAAAGUGAGCUGUUGUAAUAUCUUGGCAUUUGUCAUCCAACAUGUGUUUUCUAAAUCGUCUCCUCAGAAGCUAUUUGGUUUAUUUUAAUCAAACUUGGUCAGAAUUUUCUUGUGGUUUGUAGUUUAUUAUGAAUUUUAUAAUAUCCAAGGUCCUUGCUAACCAACUAAUAUGGUCUCCAGCGUUUAAAAUAAAACAUAAGGGUAAAUCGCAAGUAAUGUCUUUAAUCUAGAUAGAUAAAAUAUUAAAAUAUGUCAAUUAGAUAAACAUAAGUAAUCAAAUGUCUCCUAUAGGAUUUUUCUACCUUAAUUGAUGAUUUUGACCGAUUAUAGCCAAAUAGAGGAAAGGACAGAAGAUAUACAAAAUUGUCAAUAUGAUUGAAACCACCAAUGGACUCGUUAUAAAAGUUUCUUCUAAUUAAAAAACAAUUUGACAAAUUUAAGUAGUUAUGCUUAUUAUCUUGGAAGCUAUAAUAAAUAUAGACAUAAACUGUAAACAGAAAAAUGAUUAACAAUAUAAGAGCGCAAAAAAAGCUGAUAUUACUGAAACCAUCAAUUAAAGGAAUUAUUGCAGUACAUGAUUUUUUUUUCAUCAAUUUUAUUAUAUUUACGAAUUAUCUUGAAAACAGUUAAUAAAUUGUAGAAAGAAUGUCCUGCCUUAGUAGAGACAUGGUACCCCUUUUGUUGUUUGUACAGAGGUUUUUUGUACAGAGGUUUGUGGGUUUGAUUCCCAGCAUGGUCAAACCAAAGUCUUCUAUAGGCAUUUGCUGCUUUUCCACUAAACACUCUGCAUUUUGGAGUAGGAGCGAAAAGUGGUGGGCUUGGAGUCAAAGCAGUGAUCCUGCAGACUGUAACCUUGUGAACUAGCAUGUUAAAUCCAGCUUAGUUGGUAAGUCAUGUCCAAAACAGGGUUCAUACUCAUAUCACAUUAACAUGUUCUUGUCUUGAUAUGCAUGUUAUCAAGGAUUUGUAUUUAUAAAAUAUACUUGCUUUUUUCCUGAAAGUCAAAAUCUCUUCUCAGUCAUUUUGAUCAUUUGGAAUGCAAGACUUGUCAAUUAUGCACAAUGAUUAGAGGUCCCUGUAGAGUCUAUUAUAUCACUUUUUCAUUGUUUCAACUGCACUGACAUACUUCACACAUUUAAGCAGGCACAAUGUGUUAUGCAAUGUACAUUAUCGAAAUUCAUCUUUUCAUUGUGCCCAUACCACUAUACCAUCAUUUUCCAGUGGCAGCCUAGCCCGCUUAAUCUAGUCGUUAUAUUGUGCUAGCCGUUACUACGAUUGCUACAUUAACGCGGAGAGAAUUGUAGACGGUAACGGCUUGAAUUAUUUGAGUUAGUUGCAGUCCAAAUUUCAUAACUUUCAUCCCGACGGCCUCUAUUACAAGACUUACCUAUUGUAUUUAUAAUAUUGUUAUUUUUUCUCGUCCUGAACAUGCAUGAAAUAUUUGCCACUUAAGCAAACAUCAUCAAUCAAUCAAUCUUGUCAUUGUGAAUGCCAACCAGGAGAAAUUUAGUCUGAUUGAUUUUGAUACGCCCGUUAACGGGACGUAUUAUGGUAUACCGUUGUCCGUCUGUCCGUCCGUCGUCAAUAUGUCGGACAUUAACUCAUAAACGCUUCAACCAAUUUGCAUAAAACUUUGGUGAAUUGUUCAUAUCUAUUGAUGUGAGAUUGUGAGCUCCCUUUCGUUUUUUAUCAAAUUUAGAUUUUACGUUUCUGAGUUGUGGGGUUUUAUUCAUUAAAAAAGGGGGGAUUUUCCAGUUUUCGCACAAUAACUCAAAAAUGCUUUCAGCAGUUCUCAUGAAACUUUGGAGAAUUGUUUAUAUCUAUUGAUAUAAGCUCCCUUUUAAUGUUUAUAAAUUUUAGAUUUUACGCUUCCGAGUUAUGGGAUUUUAUUCAUAAAAAAGUGGUGAUUUUCUAGUUUUCGGACAAUACCUUUAAUGUGCUUUGAGCAGUUUUCAUUAAACUUCGAUGACUGGUUUAUAUCAAUUAAGAUAACCUCCAUCUAGUUUUUCACAAAUUUCUGAUAUGACAUUGAGAAGUUAUUGAACUUUAUUCGUAAAAAAUGCGACGGGCGUAUCAUGCGCUCAUGGCGCAGCUGUUUAUUUCUUUGUUUCGAAACUAUAUUGCAAUUUCUCAUGAAAAUUUGUACCAAUAAUUAUUAUUUUGAAAUCUCCCAUGUAAAAGCUUUUAUUUAGGGAGAGUGGAGGCUGUGACCCUCUGUCCCAACUCUUCAAAAACAGUGUGUUCUUGUCCACUUUCAUGAUUGACCCUUUGAAAUCAAAUUAAUCAUUUUAUUUAUUUUAUGCUAAAUAGGUUUGAUUGCAUGUAAUUAAGUGUUAAUAUUUUGAUGUAGUUAAAUGUAGAAAUGAUUGAAUAACAGAAUUUACAAGUUUCCUUGCUUGUUCCUUGAUCUUAUUGAGUCAAACUUUUGCGCUAAUAACAGUUUUUUUUUAAAUAUAUCUAUUGGGAGAGGAUAUUGGGGAUAUCGAAAGACGAAUGUAGGACAGAAAGUCACAGGACAAAAAGUCACUGGACAAAAAGUCACAAUUCAGUUUUGAGAUUAUUUUUCUUUGAAUAAGUAAACACUUAUUUUUAAAAAAACAUAAAUUGUAUUUUUAUUGAAUUAUUAUAUAUAAAGCAACUUUGUAAACAAAAUUUAUUCUGAAAAAAACAAUGAUCAUAUAAUUGUUUAGAAAACAAUUUGUCGCAGUGGCUUGGUACUUAAAUGGCUUCGUGGUGUCAAGAAAUAUAUCCUUUGAAUGUUGUAAAUUUCAUAAAUCUUCAUUUAUCAAGGCUUAUGAACAAUUUCCUUAACUGUAAUAACUGAAUAUAUGUAAUAAAAAGAAACUAUUUCAAGAACUUUCUCUUAUAUAUUCAAACAAUUUCAAACAAAUUAUUUGUGACUGUUUGUCCUGUGACUUUUCGUCCUGUGACUUUUUGUCCUGUGAAAUUCUGCCCGUUUACCUCGAAAGACAUCCUUGGAAAAAAUCUUGCUGCCGAGAAAUAUUAAUUUAUCAUAUCUACUUAACAAACUGUCUACGAACUGAAAUUACCAUACCAAAAGAUUGUUAUAAUUAUCUCAGCCUAGAAGCACCUUUCUGGAACGGAAAAGGGGGGAGGGGUAAAGAUAACAGAAUAAAUAAGAUCUAACAGCGAUAAAUUACAUACCCACAUUCAAGUUAACCCGAAUAAUUCAGUCGUUAUAUUCCGCUGCUCUACGAUGGCUACAUUAACGAGUGGGAGAGUCGAUCACGGGGAGGGACUGAAUUAUUCGGGUUACAAGUUACAAGUAUACAAAAACAAAAAACAUGGCGGGUCUCACUAAUUAGCGACAAGAAGAGACAAGAAGAAUAAUUUAGCGACAAAAAGACUAUUUAGCGACAAGAAAACUUUAAAAUACUUAUUCCAAAUAAACAUAUUAAAAAAAUACGCAUUGAAAUGUUUUUUUUUGUAAUAUACGGGCAGUAAUAAAGUGAUUUUCAUUUUUUUUAUUAUAUUGAUAGAUGAAGAAAUUAAACAUUUGUAAAGAAGAACAGAGAUUGUCUAGUUUUUGUCUCGCCAUGACGGAGUCAAAAAGCGAGACAUAGGUAUGCUGUUUCCGGCGUCGGCGUCAACAGUGUAUUAGUUUGUGAUUAGGUCUAGUUUAUGGUGAACCACUAAUGGUAGGUCAAUGAUAUUUGGUAUGCAGUUGUAUUAGCAUUGGCACAUCUCAUUACCAUGGAUAUUAUUUGUCCCCGCCCCCUCAGUCAUGGUCUAUUGACUUUGAAACUUUGCUUAGUUUACAUGUAUUAGUUUGUGAUUAGGUCAGUUUAUGGGGAACUACUAGUGGUAGGUCAAUGAUAUUUGGUUUGCAGUUGUAUAAGCAUUGGCAUAUCUCAUUUCCAUGGAGAUUAUUUGGCCCUGCCCCCUCAGUCGUGGUCUGUUGACUUUGAAACUUUUUCUUAGUUUACAUGUAUUAGUUUGUGAUUAGGUCAGUUGAAGAUGAACCACUAAUGUUAAGUCAAUGAUAUUUGGUAUGCAAAUGUAUUGGCAUUUGCAAGUUUCAUUUCCAUGGAGAUAAUAUAACCCCACACCCUCAUCAUGGUUCAUUGACUUUGAAACUUUUACAUAGUUUACAAGUUAAUGUCUGUGUUUAUGUUUGUUUAAAGGGAACGACUUAUGAGAUUUCAGUGGUAUUUGGUAUGCAGUUGUAUUAGCAUUGGCACAAUUCAUUACCAUGGAGAUUGUUUAGCCCUGUACCUUCAGUCAUGGUUCAUUGACUUUGAAUAUUUGCAUAACUUACAUAUUAAAGUAUUGCUAUUUUAAUUUCAACAUUUGCAUUAUCAAAAUAACAAAUAGGCGAGACAUAUCUCUGUGUUAACAGUAUAUUAUUAAAUAUAAAGAAUAUGUUUAAGAUAAUGUAUUUACUGUUUUCAGCAAAGUCAGAGUAUGAAUAAAUGAAUCAAGAUAAAUAUAGAGUCGGCAUAAUAUAAUAUUAUCUCUUAAUUCAUUUGAUCGUAUUAAUGAUAUGCUCUACACUGUACUCUUAUUAUAUCAAUGCAAUGCUUCAUUUGUAGAACGCUCAGAUACGCUUUGUUAUAUUAUUAGCGUGUUUCUAGACAAAACGACAAGGAGGUGGUUCUACCUUGCGGUCCAUAUUUUGUUUUAUUUUAUUAUAUCAUAGUUUUAUUCAUUAUAGUAAUAUUUACGUUCAUAUCUAGCAUAAUCUUUAUACAUUAUGUACAUGGUGAUCUGCCAAUCUGAUAAACCGUAGACAUUUUUACCACUAAGGCUCACUGUAUUUUAGCCCUUUUUGAAGAUAUAGUUUUAGCACUUUAGUACGUUUCCACGUGCACAUGCACUUGUUUUGGGGAUUGUCACCCCACCAUCUGUUGAAGUGGUGGACUCAGGAUUUUUGUUUACCUUUCUCUCAUAAGUCAAGAAUUUUUGCAAUGCAAAUGCCUUUCCAUUGUCCGAUUUAAUCUGCCAGAGAGAUUUUGUGCAUUGUAAAUGGCUAACUGAGGAGCUUAGCUCAAAGUCUCCAUGUCCAUAAAGACUUUCUUGCAACUUUAUUUCUUUGUGAAUUUUAUUAAUCAACUCUAGCAGUGUUUCCGGCUUCCAAUCUUGAUUUAGUUUCAAGAUAUGGUUUAUUGACUCACAAUUGUUGAUUUUCCAUUGCAAUGAAAUUCUUGACUCUGUUUUUCGUGCAUUGUACACGUAUUCCCUAAUAGUAGGGAUAACUUUUGUGUUAGGUAUGGACCAACAAGAUCUUCAUAUUUCCUUUCUAUUUCCGUUACCUUAGUGGUAAAAUCUACUAUAGUAUCAGAUUCUAUCAGACCCCUUUCCCCAAACAAUUCUGAUAAAAUUUGUUUUGCGUUAUUAUCAUUUACGCCAAGAGACAGAUCAUAGUCAAAUUUAUGAUCUUUUGUCUGAUAACAUUGUGCAUAUAUGUAAUCACAGCUUUUAGUCUGACUUAAGAUCAGGAACUGAUCUUUUGUAAAUUUCUGACAUUUUUGGUGAAACCAUGUUUCACAUUUUUCACAAAACACACAUUCGUGUGCAGUUUUUAUACGACCGCCAAAAAUUUUUGUGGUCGUAUCACGUCGUCGUCGUCUUGGUUUCCGGACAAUAACUUUAGUAUUAGUGAAUAGAAAUCUAUGAAAUUUAAACACAAGGUUUAUAACCACAAAAUGAAGGUUAUGGUCCUAACAGUUUUGGAAUUAGGGGCCAAAAAAGGGGCCCAAAUAAGCAUUUUUCUAGUUUUCAGACAAUUACUUCUGGAACGGUGUAUGGAUCUCUCUGAAAUUGUACAACAAGUUUCCAUACCACAAAGGGAUGGUUAGGAUUGGCUUUGGAGGGUAAUGGCUCAAACCGUUUAGGAAUUAGGGGCAUAAAAAGGGGAAAACAAGGGUUUCCUUGUUAAUGGACAAU